AAUAGUUCCGCUGGACAAUUUCCAACGUUAGUAUUUAUUUCCCUCCAUGAUUCUAGGUUUGUCUUUCUUUGGCUCUCUCUCGUUCUUCCUCCAUCCCCAUUCACCAUGCAUUCUCAAUCUCAUCCAAGAAAGCGUUGACGAUUCUCUACCGAGUUCAAAAGAGAGAUUCCUCCGUCUUUUUUAGCUUUUGGGAUUCGAAAAUUUUCGAUGGGGACAUAUCGGUCAGACGAUGACUACGACUAUCUGUUCAAGGUGGUGUUGAUCGGUGACUCCGGCGUCGGCAAGUCGAACCUGCUGUCGAGGUUUUCGAGGAACGAGUUCAGCAUGGAGUCCAAGUCCACGAUCGGGGUCGAGUUCGGGACUCGCUGCAUUCGGGUCGAUGAUAAGGUCGUCAAGGCACAGAUUUGGGACACUGCAGGCCAAGAAAGAUAUCGUGCGAUCACGAGUGCAUAUUAUCGAGGCGCGGUGGGCGCUUUGUUAGUCUAUGAUAUCACUCGGCACGUUACGUUUGAGAAUGUGGAGAGGUGGCUAAAGGAACUCCGAGACCACACCGAGGCCAACAUCGUGAUCAUGCUCGUCGGGAACAAGGCGGACCUGCGCCAUCUCCGUGCGGUCUCCCUCGACGAUGCCAAAGCAUUCGCUGAGCAAGAGCACACCUUCUUCAUGGAGACAUCCGCCUUGGAGGCACUCAAUGUCGAGAACGCCUUCACAGAAGUAUUGACUCAGAUCUACCGCGUGGUCAGCAGGAAGGCUCUCGACAUCGGCGACGACCCCGCAGCCCUGCCAAAGGGACAGACGAUCAAUGUCGGGAACAGGGACGAUGUCUCGGCCGUCAAGAAGGCCGGUUGUUGCUCAUCAUGAGAAAUCGUGGGUCGGGUGCAAAAGUGCUUUGCUCCUCAUAGCAUUGUGUUUCCAAUAGAGGGAGUGACACUGAAGAUGGAUUUCAUCAAUCAUCAUGUAUACGAAAACUUAGACACUCUUAUAGCAUAUUAAUGUUAGCUGAAUUUUGUUGGCAUUUAAAAACAAAUGAAAUUGGCAGAUACUCUUUCCUUAUUGUGUGCUUCCUGUUCUUUCCUUUUUCCCUUUUGAACUUAUUAUGCCGGGUUUCUACACAUGUUUCUGAAAAGCAUUACCUGUUAUUCAUAAUCCAAGAAUGGUUCAUCAUCUGCAAUUACUAGAAGUAUCAUUAUGAUCAGCAAUUAUUCUAAGUGAAUCUAUAGGACACUGCUUUAUGUGUUGUAACCUGGAUUAACACUGGU